AUGGAAAUGUCUCUUCCGAACGGUGUGGACGUGUCCCAGUUGGUGCAGCACCCGGUGCUGGCUGCACUGCCUCCGUUCUUCCUCAGAGCCUCAGAGAGAUACCAGUCUGCUCUGCCUCACCAGCGGACGCCGAAGUGCGCGCGCUGCCGCAACCACGGCGUGGUGUCCGCGCUGAAGGGCCACAAGCGGUACUGUCGGUGGCGCGACUGCGUCUGCGCCAAGUGCACGCUCAUCGCCGAGCGCCAGCGGGUCAUGGCUGCACAGGUGGCGUUACGUCGUCAGCAGGCGCAGGAGGAGAACGAAGCCCGGGAGCUGAACCUGCUGUACGCGAGCCAGACGUCCACUGCGCCACAUCACUAUACUGACAUGCCCGAGGACUCACCAGUUCAGAAAAGAGCCCGCAUCACAGAAGUCUGCUCCAGUCCAUCACCACCGACAGACUCACAACAAGAAUCAAAAACACCUGCCCCCACCCCUCCACUCGCUACUCCACCCCCGCGCUCGCCCUCAGACCAUGAACUAAACGUUGAAGAAGAACUAGAAGAGACAGAACCUUCACUAACACCUGAAAACCUUUCAAUGAAAGAGCAGAGAGAAGAGGUUCCCGUCAAGAAGGAGGAAGAAGAUAAAUGGGACAACCCUGACUUCAAAUACAAGAUGUUCAGACGAGAGAGGAAGGAGACGGUAGAGACGGUGACUGAAGACCCUUCUCCGUAUCAGAAGUCACCAGUAGAUGUUCUAAUAAAGGUGUUCCCGAGGCGCAGUCGACAGGAGAUCGAAGGGAUCUUAGCGAGGUGCAAGGGAGACGUAGUGGCUGCUAUGGAGAUGAUGAUUAACGGGGAGAACGCGAACCCUUACCAAGUGACUCAGGAGUCGCCUCCAUACAUGCAGUAUCAGUCGAAGUCUGCCUUCUCUCCACUUUCAAACCAGAGCUUCAAGUUCUCUCCAUCACGCCGGUUUCUGACACCUCCGUACAGUGGUACCGGGUACUUACCGACAGUGAUCCGACCACCGCCAGAAUAUUUAUCCUCGUUCAUGCCUCCCUCCGAGCUCAUGUAUGGCAGACAGCUCCAAGUCCCAUCACCAGGCACCUCCCCAACCUCUGACAAUACAAAUAAUGACGGAUUUUCUGAUUAG